UUUGGGAAGCCGAGGCGGGUGGAUCACCUGAGGUCAGGAGUUCGAGACCAGCCUGGCCAACAUGGUGAAAUCUUGUCUCUACUAAAAAUACAAAAAUUAGCAGGAUGUGGUGGUGGCCACCUGUAAUCCCAGCUACUCGGGAGGCUGAGGCAGAAUUGCUUGAGCUCGGGAGGCAGAGGUUGCAGUGAGCUGAGAUUUUGCCAUUGCACUCCAGCCUGGGUGACAAGAGCAAAACUCUGUCUCAAGAAAAAAAAAAAAAAAACCCAGAAAAAAAACAAAAAACAAAACUAUGAGGCCGUUUGAUAAUUGCUUAGCUAGUUAGUUCGUGACUCAGUUUUUUUGUAAAAUUAAUGAUCACUUAACAAAAUCGAGAUUAUUAAAUGAAAGAGUAUAAUGUGAAUGUGCUAUUAUGCACAUGUGUGGGUGCUGAGUAAAUGUUACUUCCUUUUUUUCUUUCUUGGCUGAGACUAUAGAAUAAGUCUAAUUUUCAGUAAUAGGCAUAUUUGGUGCCUAUGAGAGAUUUAAAGAAAAAAAAAAACUGACCUCUCUCUAAAUGUGAAUCAGAAUUUUGAAGUUUCCAUUUUUCUCAAUCCAGUUUUAAUACAUUUAAAAUUAACAUAUGGAAGUUUUGUCUUACCAAAGAAAUGAACCUCUUCCUUUUAUCACUAAUAAUUUCUACAACACAUACUGUGUAAUCGGUUGGCCACAGUGGCAGAAAUGCUGGUGGGAAGGGACAGAAAAAAUCUUGACCUCUCUUUUUGAUGGAAUAAGUAGAGUUUACUAAAAUUCCAAAGGCAAUUUGCUAAAUUUUCAAGUAUUUCUUUUUUUUUUUGAGAUGGAGUCUCGCUCUGUCACCCAGGCUCACUCAGCUCACUGCCAGCUCCACUUCUCGGGUUCAAGCCAUUCUCCUGCCUCAGCUUCCCGAGUAGCUGGGACUAUGGGCACCCGCCACCACGCCCGGCUAAUUUUUUGUAUUUUUAGUAGAGACGAGGGUUUCACCGUGUUAGCCAGGAUGGUCUCGAUCUCCUGACCUCGUGAUCUGCCCACCUUGGCCUCCCAAAGUGCUGGGAUUACAGGCAUGAGCCACCGCGCCCGGCCAAGUAUUUCUUUUUUGCUUUAUCAUCCUAAUGAUUUAUUGAGACUCUUACCAAGAAUUCCCUGAUUAUUAUUCUGGUUACUAAACUGUAGAACUUUUGAAAGUAAGAACUGUCUUGUCCCUUGCGGGUGGUAGGUACUCAGAAUAUUUGUUCAUUUGACUUAGAUGUGUUAAGAGAGGAAUAGUUUGCUUUACUAUUAUACAUUUGCUCAGGAGGAUGUACCUCUGGUAGUUUAUUGCUGUUUGUUUUUACCUCCAUUCUCCAGUUGCUUGUUAGUUUCUCCCUUUCCUUUUACAUUUUCUGUAAAGUUUCAAUCCAGUAGUAACAAGAUUUUAAAAUCUUGAUUGAGAUUAAAAGAGUCAUAAAUUUGAUUAAAAAUUAACUUGUAGACAAGUAAGUCUACAGUAAACCAGAAAAUAUGGCCCAUUUACUAUCAAAGACUCACUAUUUUAAGGACUGAAAGGGCUUUAAAAAUUAUUUAUGUUUUCUUCUUUAAAAAAAAAAAAGGUAAGUAAUUUGUAUGAAAUCACUUAUUUAGUGUCUGAACCAAGAUUAGAAUCCAGGUCCUUUAGUUCAUAGUUCAUUGGUUUUCCACUAUAAUGCACAGUUGAAUACUGAAGCUCACUGAUAACAGAUACCAUGGGUAUAUGUAAGAAAUAAAAUUAGAUUUGUUUUCAUUUUAAACUCACCUAUAAGGAUGAGAUAAGAAGUAUUGAUUUCCAGCAGGGAGAACUAGGACAUAGUAGUCUAUGACAUUUGGUCUCUCUUCUCAAUUGUAAGUAGGAUUCUGUGUCUUUUUUUUUUUUUGAAAGAGUUUUUUUAUCUUCUAGUAUUACAUUUUUAACAGGUGGUAGACACCCCACUGAAGAACAUGUUACUUUAAAAGCAAGAUGUUACCAAAAGACUAGGAUGGAGCUUAGGCAAUGUAAAUGCAGUUCUUGUCUGCAGUGUGAAGAAGAUGACUUGAAACCUUUCAUUAUAUUUAAAAAUUGCUAUAUAAAAGCUGGCUUUUAAAAGAUAUGCUUCUGCUCUAAUUUUUACGUUUUAACUGUGAAUUAACACUGCCAGGCACUGCUGGAAAAGAAGACAAAGAACGUAAAAAAAAAAAAAAAAGAGUCAAAUGGAAAACUGUUGAAAUUAAUGGAAUUCUAUGAAGUACCUGAAUGUGAAAAGAAACAAGUAUCAAUAGUUUUCCUAUUAACAGUUUCAACUAAUUAGAAAACAUACUGUAAAAAAGAGCUUAGAUUCAAAGUGGCAACAAAAAGUAUACAAAAUCUGGGAGCCUAUUUAAAAAGUGUAACUAUCUUACAGAAGAAACUUACAAAAUUACCAUGCCAUAAAAGAUUUGAAGCCUUGGGAAGAGAUAACUAUCACCCUUAAAUGCUCAAAACUGUAAAGAUGUUAAUUCUGAAGUAAUUUAUGGAUAUAAUUUUCAUCAGCAUUUCAGUGGGAUUUUAUUCUUUUAUUUAUUUAUUGUAAUUAAAAAAUGGUUCUAAACGUUAGCUACAUGUUACAAUUACCUGAGGAGCUUUAAAAAUACUCCGGUGCACAGGUCUUACCCUGCAUACCCCAGACCAAUAAAAUUAGACUGUCUGGGGGAAGAAUCUAGGUAUUGGUGUUUCUUAACCCUUGAUAUUUAUCAGCAGAGUUCAUUGUUCUUAAUUUUGGGUUUUCGGUUUCUUUUCUGAGUAGUUCUAAUUAUUGUAUUGAUUUAAUAUUUUAUAACUCAUUUCAUAGAGUCUUCCAAAGAACAAAAACAAAAUUUACUUAUUUUAAAAAGCAAAAUAAAACUCAUUCUAGUGUGCAGUUACCAUAUGGUUUCAUUGGGCAUUUAUAAAUCUAAGAUAUAUUAUGGGAUCUUAGUGAUUUUGCUUUUCCUAUAUCUUGAAGCAUUUUGCUAUUUCAUUUUCCUGCGAAUUAUUUAAUAAUUAUUCAUUAAUUUCCCCCAAUUAUGCCAAAAAGAAGAAAAUGGAAGAGUGAUAGAAUUGCCAAGAAGGAUGAUGCAGUGGUGAAAUAUAGCAUCACUACUGUAUCAUUUCUCAAAAAUAUGAAAACAGCUUUGAGAUCAUCCUUUUUAGCAUUUUUCUUCUAAGCUUUCAUUUAACAUAUUUGGGAAUUUGUAUUGUUUCCAUUUUUUAUUUUCUGUCUUUAAUAGCAAAGAAAAAAGGCAAAGGAAGACAUUUCAGAAUUAUUAGACCAGUCAGAAGAUAAAUGCAAAGAAACAACACUUAAUAAUGAUAGUGAAUUUAAUUGUAUAAGUGAAACCUUAGACUGUGAGUCUUCAAAUGAUGAUUUCCUAGAUGAGUUUUUUUCAAACUCAAGAAUUAAUGAACAGUAUUUCUAAGGACAAAAAAUGGAAAUAAUACACGUUCAUGCAUUCAAAGUUUCAUUCAAAGGAUGUUUCCUAUUUCGGAUAUAUAUACCUUUAAUAUCAGAGAAAGAUGGAAUUAAAAAAUUUGUUAUGUUUAAGUUUUUAUAAAGCUUUCUCUUAAAGUUUUUUUUUAAAAAACUACCCCUUUAUUCUUAUUUUUUAAAUUCGUCAUAAAAUUACUUAAAAUAUUAAAGACAAAAAGUAUUUUGGACCCAGAUAGUCAAUUGAGGUGAACAUUUUUUUCUGAUAUGCCAGAGAUUAAAUCUGCCUUGUGAUUCCAAUGUGAAGCUAAGGUUGAGAAGCACUAUUCUAAGUGGAUUUUAUCUAGACAAAUAAACAAGAUUAGUUAAAAUGUUUUUAAGAAAGUUGAGUAAUGGUCUAGAAUAGAGCUACCAGAUAUAUGGUACUGACAUAAGAAUUAUGAAACAGAUUAGUGGAUUAAAGCAGAUAGCCCAGAAGCAGAUCUUAGAAUAGGUAAAAAUUUAAUACGAGAGUGACAUCAAUCAGUAGAUUAGAUUACUAACAGCAUUAAUGCAAGCUACCACUCGUUGACUGCUUGCUGAACGUUUUAUAUGCGUUAUCUCAUCCAUCUUUUCCUUGAUGUAUCUGCUAUUAUUCCCAUGUACAAGUAAGGAUAUCUGAGGUCACACAGUUCUUGGUGUUUCUGGAACAAUUAGCUCUUUCAGAAUGCAAAUAUUUGAAAAGAAAAAAAGUAUUUUUACAUAUGCCAGAAUACAUUUUAGGUGGAUAAAAUAAUUAAAUGUAGAGUUUGUGUCAUAAAGCAUAGAUAAUAAAUAGGUGCAUCUGAUAUCUGGAUAGGGAAGCUUAGGAGUGAUGGAAGAAAAAUAGCGCAAAGAAAAGAUCUGUAAGUUUAACUGCCUAAGAAAUACAACUGACUUCAUGUCAAACACCAUAAAACUAUAGAUUAAUAUACUAGGAAAACAAAAAAAAGGGAUUAAUAGUCUUUAUAUGUAACACACUUGUAGAUUAAUAACCUCUAAAUAUAUAGUCUUUAAAAUGCAAGUGAUUAAUAAACACGUUAGAAAAUCAUUGACCUCAUUAGGUAGCUACAGAAGAAAACAUUCAAUUAAAUUAAAAGUACUUUUCCUUCCUAUCUUAGGACUUUUGCUUAAUAGUCUUUGCAUGGCUGACUCCUCAUCCCUUAAGACUCAGUUUAUAAUACUACCUCAGUGAGGCCUUUUUGUACUACUCAAUCUAAAUGAGUUUUCCCCUGUAUCUUGACAACCGGCUUAUUUCCUUCAUUGUACUUCAUCUUUUGGAAUUACUUAUUUAUUUAUUUAUGGGCUUUCUCUUCCGCUGGCCUCUAAGCUCUGAGAAGAAAAGCAUAAUACCCAGCAUCUAGAGAGUGCUCAGUGAAUAAUUGUUGAAUAAAUAAACACUAAAUAAAGGUGAGUAAAAUGAAUAAAGCAAGACCCUUUUAAAAAUCUGUCAUGCUUGCUGAAAUUUUUAAAGAAAAAUACCAUAUGUAGGACAAGAUGGAAUGGAUACUGUCAUUGUGCUGCUUGGUAAAUUGGUGUUACUUCCAGAAUGGAAAUUUUGUAAAAGGUAGCAAGAUUCUUUAUUCAUGCCUUUUGAGCCAGUAAUUUUAUUUACUUCUUGGAAUUUGUUCUAUGAAGCCACUUCUGCAAGGGGAUGGGAAAGCUUUCUCUUAGUUCUUCUUAUAUACACUGGUAUUCUUUCCCAAGAAAAGUAGACAUUAAUCAAAUUGGGCUAUGUUUAUAGCUCUCUUCUGCUUCCUCCCCUCAAUGAGUAGGAUAUGGGAAGGACUCAGUCCUUGGCUAGGCCCUAUAAUCUUGUGUUCUAAUCCUCUCACAAAAGUGUAGCAUUCUUACUGCUUGGGGCACCUCAGUGUGCUGGAGGUAAAUUUAGAUUUGGGCUUUAGGGGAAGGGAGAGGCCUUGCUUAGGCUCUGAACCAAAUGGUAGUGCCCUAAUCCAGUUUACCAAAGAACAUUAUUUGGGGUAUCUAGCUGUAACCCAGAUAAAAGUAGUACUUUGAUUUCCUUUUUGAUAACCUCUCCCCACUCCUCUCUUUCCUUGCUGCCUCCUAUUUCCCUACCACCAUUCCCUCUUUCUCUCUCUUAUAUGUGUUUGUGUGUGUGUGUGCAGGGCAGCAUUUAUGUAUUCCUGGGUUUUUUAGUUCAUUGCUUACCAUCUUUUUUUAUGUCUGACACAUACAGAAAAUAUUCAGGACCAAAAAGGAUAAUGGAAGAGGCUGCUUAAGGCCAAAGGCCUUAGGUUUUGUGCAUGCCCGUAGUUUUUCAGAUAUAGGUCACAACCCACCAAUCAAUCAAGUGGGUUGCCAGAAUCAUUAAAAUAAAUGAAGAUAAAAGAAUGCAUCAUUCAUUGUUGAAAUAAUUAUACGAGUGUUUGUAACCUUGCAAUAUAAAAUGUGUUUAUGUUGGUCAUUGUCAAACUUUGAAAGCUAUUUGCUUUGCUGCAGCCAAAUACUAAUUAAUAAUGCCUCAAACCUCGCUUAAGUUGCAUCAUUAUUAAGCAGGGAGAAAGAUUUAUGAACAAAGAUUUAGACUUAAUAUAUUGAAACAUUUGGACAAUGAAAGAUUAUCAAGACACCAGCUGGGUAAAUCAUGACAUAUCCAUCCUUUCAGGUGAUUUGUUCAAGGUAGUAUUCCCUUAUCUUCAGUAUUUUUAGGGUUUGCGGUGAAGGUCCAGAGGUUAGUUAAUAGCUUCCUUAGAGUUCUUGUAGAUUCAGUGGGGUUCUAAGAAACAAUUAGUGUACCAUAACAUACUGUAACAUCACAGAGAAAUCAGAUUUGAGGCCUGUUCUGCUGUGACAGCCUUGGGCAAGUUAUUUAACCCCUCCUUGGCUGUUUACUCAUCCAUAAAAUGGAGCUAAUAGUGCAUGUAUCAUAAGGUUGCUGUGAGAAGCAAAUACAGUAAUAAGUGCAAAGUGCACAGCACAUUGGUUGGACUCCCUAUGAGUAGAGUUCAUUCCAGGUUAAGUUUUGCUUUUACAUUAUUAAAUAUCUUUGUGCCUUUAUUUCUUCAUCAGCUCACAGUUCAGCUAAUAUUAUUAGAUGCUUCUUUGGGGCACAAUAAAAAACUUCUCUAGUAACUUCAUAGGCAUUUCAAACAGUUCAAAUCAGAAAAUAAUAUGAAAAGCACAGUACAAAUUUAUGAUAGUAUUCUCAUAGUAGCAAUAAUAGGAAAUCUGUUUGUGUUGUAUAUGAGUUAAUUAAUAACUAUAUGUUCAAAUGGGUGGACUCAGUAGUUGAUUCAGGUGGAGAUAAAUAGAUCCUUUCAGGUUUUUUUUAAAGUGCCAAUGUCUUUUCCUGCUUUAGGGCCUUUGCAGUUACUCCUUCUGUCUGGAAUAUUCUCCCCUAUCCUUACCCCUUCUUAUGUCUGUCCAUCUAGUACAGCUGAAAUGACACCAUUGUAGAAAGGCCUUUCCUGACCAUCUAGUCUGAAUAGCUCUCAGUUUCUUUUAAAAAUCACUUUUAAAAAAAAUCAUAGCAUUGAUUAGUACUAGAUUCUCAAUUUUGUAUUCUCUUUCCCUCUCCCCAACUGGAAUGUAAACCCUGAAGAGCAGGGACCUUGCCUGUAUUGUUUAAUUUACUAUUUUUUUAAAUUUUUAGCUGUUCUCACAUACUCAAGUAUGAUCGCCUGUGGUGUUUAUUUUUACUUUUCCUGCACCUAGAUCCUAAGUGCCUGACAAAUACUUGUGGAAUGCCUGAAUAUAAUGUAGAGUAUGAAAAAAUGAUCCAUAAUUAUACUUUCCAGAGAUAAAUUACCAUUGUUGAUAGUAUAUAUUUUUUAACUUUAUGUUCUGUGUGUGCUUACAGAUGCAGAUGUCUAUGAUUAUGCUUUUGAAAUAUAUAUUCCAUUGAGUCUAAAGAUAAACAUUUUUUACUAUAUUUUAUGUGUUUGAAAUUGGUCUUAUAAUCAAUGGUAUGCUGUGGUUUAAUUGGCAACAUUUUUCUCUUUAUGAGUUGCACAUAAAUAUGUCUUAAAAUCUAUAGCAUCUUAGAUGUGAUGAAAUGUGGUAUUUAUUUGAAAUAAAAAUGAGAACAGGAAGUUCAUCUCUUUUCCCCACCUAAAGAUCUUGAGCAUUUCCCUUGUCACUGGUUUUAGAUCUAUCUUAUUCUCAAGAUAUAUGAUUAAGGGUGUGUCAUAACUUUUUCAACCAGUUCCUCUUGAUGGCUAUUUGGAGCUUUUCCAAUUGUUUUCCUGUUAUAAACAAUGCUGUGCUUAUUAUCUUUGUACAUAUCUUUAUGCACGUGAGUGAAAUUUAUUUAAUUAGAUUGGUGAAUACACAUAUUCUCUGUAGUGUACAAGGGUACCUAUUUCCCUAUACCUUUAUGAGUACUGCAUCUUAGUAAAUUUAAAAAUUUUUAUUAAUCUAAGUGAAAAAUAUACUAAUGUUUAAUAUCAUUUCUUUAAUUAUGAUAGAGAUUGAGCCUCUUUUCCUGUUUAUUAGCCGUUUUUAUUUCCUUUUCUGUGAUGUACUUGUGCAUAGGAUAGUAGGCUUUUAAUUGGCUGGCAUUAAUUAGAAACCUUUCCUAAUUAGAAACCUUUCCAGUUUGGAACCAUGCAUUAUCCUAUUCUUGGGAAUAACUUUUAGGCCUGCUACAUCCUACCUUUGUGGAGGACAAGAGGGCUUUAUAAGGACCCAAGAUUUGCGGGGAGACAGAAUUCAGGAAUAACCAGAAUUCUAGUGUCCUUUAUAAUGAAGUCCAAGAAGGGCUAUAGUGUCAGUUUUUGAGCUGAAUACUGGAACUUAUACUAUGCUGUUAGUCUUUAAACUUUAAAUGUUCUUCUUCUCAAGGCUUGUUGUUCUUUAAUAUGACUUGGUUAUAGUAUAGUAGUAUUAGUUUAGUAGGUUUGAAAUAGGAUACAACUCUGGGACUUGAGUGAAGUCAAUAUUGGACUGAGAGAUUAAAUGUUUAAUUAAUAGGGUGUUUUGCACAUUGUUAAAAUGUUAUUAACAUUUUUUAGUACCUUUUCUGUGUCAGACCAUAUCAGUUUCAAACAAAGCUAUCAGAUGAUCUCUGCUUUUUAGGUUCCGCAUGGUUUCUGGAGGAACAGAUUGCAGUCCUUUGGUAAAAGUGAAGCUAGAAUAUACAUGGAAUAUGGAUAGCUCACAGGAAGGGUUUUAGUCUAGCAUAGGAGUUUAAAGAAGCCUUCCUGGAGGAGACAUGAUAACCUAAACUAAGUCUUGAAGGAUGAAUAUGAGUUAGCUGCAGUAGUAAGUAGUAAAACGAGCAACAGUGAAAUGGACUACAAGUAGUAGAGUGUUCUUAGAAUAUGACAUUUGAGGUGAAGACUGAUUUAUGGUGAGGUUGGAGUGACAAGUAAGAACCAAGUAAUGAAAGGCUGUGAACACCCUGUAUUUAAUAGGUUAAGGGAUCAUUUUGAGCAAUGAUGGGGUCAAAUUAGUGUUUUAGAGAUCACUGCCCAAAGAUUGAUUUGGAGGCAAGACUGAAGGCCAGGACACAUGUUGGGAAACAGUUCUAGUAAUCCAGGUGAGAGAAUUAAGGCUGUAGCUCAGUGGUAAUAGCUUACUCGGAAAAUUGUAGUCAUUUUUCUUAGUUUAUGUAACAUUUUGUUCUCUAUUGUUCAGAAUCCCAUUGAGAUUACAUUUCAUUGAACGGGGUUUAUUAUUUUGCAGAGGCUAUUAGUGAAAGAUGGUGGAUCGCUUGGCAAACAGUGAAGCAAAUACUAGACGUAUAAGUAUAGUGGAAAACUGUUUUGGAGCAGCUGGUCAACCUUUAACUAUACCUGGACGAGUUCUUAUUGGAGAAGGAGUAUUGACUAAGUUGUGCAGAAAAAAGCCCAAAGCAAGGCAGUUUUUCUUAUUUAAUGAUAUUCUUGUAUAUGGCAAUAUUGUCAUCCAGAAGAAAAAAUAUAACAAACAGCAUAUUAUUCCCCUGGAAAAUGUCACUAUUGAUUCCAUCAAAGAUGAGGGAGACUUAAGGAAUGGAUGGCUAAUCAAGACACCAACUAAAUCUUUUGCAGUUUAUGCUGCCACUGCUACGGAGAAAUCAGAAUGGAUGAAUCACAUAAAUAAAUGUGUUACUGAUUUACUCUCCAAAAGUGGGAAGACACCCAGUAAUGAACAUGCUGCUGUCUGGGUUCCUGACUCUGAGGCAACUGUAUGUAUGCGUUGUCAGAAAGCAAAAUUCACACCUGUUAAUCGUCGCCACCAUUGCCGCAAAUGUGGUUUUGUUGUCUGUGGGCCCUGCUCUGAAAAGAGAUUUCUUCUUCCUAGCCAGUCCUCUAAGCCUGUGCGGAUUUGUGACUUCUGCUAUGACCUGCUUUCUACUGGGGACAUGGCUACAUGCCAGCCUGCUAGAUCAGACUCUUACAGUCAGUCAUUGAAGUCUCCUUUAAAUGAUAUGUCUGAUGAUGAUGAUGAUGAUGAUAGCAGUGACUAAGGACACAUUUGGGAGUAUUUAAUCAGGUGUGGCUAUCUGAGAAAUCAACUUUGGGAGAAAUGUAAGAUUCUGAGCUCUGUUUUGUUCUAGCCAUGAAUUUGCCUGAGAAACUUGUAACCUAUGUGCCUCAAUAUAUUCCAUAGAAAGUAGGUCCCCCUGCCUUCUCCCACUCCUGGCACUCUUCUACAGGGAUAGACUUUUGCAAAUAUAUCAGAUAAAUUUUUUGUUUCUUAUUCUUGUUUAUUUUUAGGUUAUUUUCUUGGAAGGUUGGGAAAAGAUGUUUGUUUAACAGAUCAUGUACUACAUUGUUGUUUUCAUUUCUGUUAUAAGUAAAACUAAAAGCACAGAAUGGUGGGAAAGGGGCUGUAAUGUGGUUCAUUAAUAAUGUUAGCAGCUUUUUUCUAACCAUCCUGUCUAAUGGUUAAGACACCAGUAACAAAAACACAUGAUUUGGAAAUACUUUGUUUGGCUUUUUCAUAUACCUAGUGGUGCCUUAUCAUAAUAGCACUGUUACAUGAAAUAAGCCCCUACCUUCUUACUUUCUGGUUUGUUGAAAAAAUACACUGGUGCUCUUUGAAGUGAUAAAAUGAGUGUUUAUGAAUGGGUGUAAUUAGGAAAUACUUCUCAUCUGACAGCUACAAAUAACUAAGUUUGGAGGUAUUUUCACUCUAUAUGAAUAAAUAUUUUUCCAUAAAAUAGUUGUGAUUAUAUUUUUGUUUUAUAUAGGUCCCAAAUUAUAAUUGUCAAAUAUAUAUUUUAAAUUAAUAAUAGGUUGUCAUUCUUAGGAAUUUGGUUUGAAAUCUAUCAGUUAUAUAGAAUUGUCAUACUGCAUUAGCUUCUACCUUUAGUAAGACAUAUUUUUUAGAUACAAAUUCAUCUGCUUUAACAUUAUUUCUGGAUUGAAAAUCUUAUAAAACCCUUGAAAAUAAACAGUCUCUUUUUUACAAAGCCUGUGUUAGAGCACAGAUUUACCUAGGCUUGAAGAUUUGGAAGAAAUAAUAUGUAAGAAUGGCCUCAAGGCAGACCACUUUAACUUUGGCUAGACUUCAUAUCGUGGAAGUAUUGUCUAUUUCAGUGUGAAACUAUCUUGAAUUUGCAAAUAUAGUGUUAUAUUUUAUAAAGUUUUGUAAAAUCCCAAACAAUAUUUCUAUUUUUGUAAAACAGUUGUAUGUGUAAUCUGUAUCUGAAAUCAUUUUGCAAUCUAUGGAAAUAGAGUAGCAAUUGCUAUUUCUAAAUUGUGAACUUUUAAGUCAAUCUAGAUUUAUUUUGAGAAGUAAUUGUUCACUCUUUACUUUUGAGGCAGCCAUUAGGUUGAAAGUAUGUAUUUAUCAUAUAAAACUUGAUGCGUUUUGCACUACUCUCUCCAUUUAUAUGCUGCAAACAACUACAGUCUUUGAAAUAUGGAAAAUCAGCAGUCUAAAGUUUGUUUUAAAUUCUAAAUUAAAAAAAUCUUCAAAUCUGAAUAUACCGCAAAUGUCAUGAGAAGUUUGAUUCAGUAACUUGUGAUGGAGGAUUCUUUGGUAUCUUACUGUUUGGUUAAGGCACUAAUUUUACUUACCUAUUAGAUUUUGAAAGCAUCUGAGAUAUACGAAUCUCCCUGUAGGAAAUGUGAAAGAAAAGCACAACAAAACUAGGGUUUUUUGUUCGUUUGCUUGCUUUUAUGAUUUUUUUUGGUUUGUUUUAAUAUCAGGUGGAUUUUUGUUUCUAAGCAAUAUAUACAUAUAAUCAACCAACAUAUCUGAAAAGGAUCAUGAAACCUGAGAAAUGCUAAUGGAGAUUUGCUGGUACAUAGGAAUCUAGCAAAUUCAGGAACCAAGGGGAAAUAUUCUGAGAUAACAUUUACAUUGUCAACCUUUAUUGACUUUGUUUUUACAAUAAAAAAUAUUUUACAACUUA